GAACGCCUUAUGAAAAAAUAGCUGAGCUAGAAAGACUCGUAUUUUCCUCUCAGCCGAAAUCUCUUCUAGUAGUUGAAUGAAAAUUACUCUGGCAAGUUCUCAGUUCUAUUGUUACCUCGCCUCACCGAGGAAAGGCACAGCCCACGUCACCGACCAAAGGCCACAUGGAGUGGAGCUCUAAAAAGGUGCCUGCGUGUUGGUGACAAUGGCCUUGUUGAAGAUAGAAGCAGCUUUCCCCAGCUAGAAAGACAACACCCUAGCCUGAAGCUACUACAUAACCAUUGGUUAGUAAUUCCUUCUAAUCUACAUUAAUGAUCAACAAGAACUCAAGACGGCAUAUUUAUAGAGAAGCUGUGCUGAAUACAAGCUUGUCUCAGGAAUCUGCAGAACUUUAAGGAAACAGAGUGUGAUUGGGAGGCUGAGUUUCGGCAAAAUGACGACGAGUCACGUGAAGGAAUAUGUAAAAAGAGUGGCCUCCAUCGAUCAAGAGGCGUACCCGGCCUGGAACCUAGAGAAACCCUUGCCCAAGUUGCCCGUCCCGGAUCUUCAGUCAACCCUGGACAAGUAUUUGGCCAUGGUUAAACCCAUUGUAGAGGAAAAGCAGUACGAUAUCACCAAACAAAUUGUAGCAGAGUUCGGUCAAAAAGGAGGCGAUGGAGAAUACCUGCAAGAAAAGUUAAAAACAUACGCUGAAACCAAAGAUAAUUGGGCGUAUAAUUGGUGGUUAGACGAGAUGUAUAUGAAAGUACGACUUCCUCUUCCUGUGAACUCUAACCCAGGCAUGGCAUUUCCGCGCCAGUAUUUCGAAGACGAACGCGCACAGUUACGGUUUGCAGCCAGGUUAAUUUCUGGCAUUCUGGACUAUAAAACAGUUAUUGACGCGCGAGGGCUGCCAAUAGAUCGAGCCAGGCACCGUGAGAAAGGCCAGCCGCUGUGCAUGGAACAGUACUACCGACUGUUCACUUCCUACCGGGUUCCGGGCAAGGGCAAAGACAGUCUCGUGGUGGACGCCACAAACAUUUUACCCGAACCUGAACACAUUGUGGUUAUCUGUAAAAAUCAGUUUUUUGUAUUGGAUGUUGUAAUCAAUUUCUUACGACUUACACAAGACAAUCUUUUCACUCAACUUUCCCGAAUUGUGAAAAUGGCCGAGGAAAAUGAAAGUACAUGUGAUCCUAUUGGAAUCCUCACGUCACUCGGGCGGGAUCAGUGGGCUACUGCGCGCAUGCGUUUGAUGGAAGAGUCUACCAAUAGAGAUAGCCUGGAUCUUAUUGAGAGGUGUAUAUUCGUGCUGUGUCUGGACUCCAGCGUACCAAUAGCCUUUAACCAUCAAAGUAGCGUGGACGAGACGUCCAUGUCUGUCAGAGAUGACGUCUCACUGGCUUUUCAGAUGCUCCACGGGAUGGGGUCUUGUGUCAACAGUUGUAACAGAUGGUUCGACAAAACUAUGCAGUUUGUGAUUGGACAGGACGGAGCCUGUGGUUUGAACUAUGAACAUUCCCCAUCUGAAGGCAUUGCUGUGGUUCAACUCAUAGAACAUCUCCUCAAGUACAUGGAGGAGGUGAGAAAGCGACGAUUACCACGGAUGCAGUCAAUAUGUGAGUUGCCUUAUCCACGCAAGCUCUACUGGAAGGUCACCCUUGACAUCCUACAGGAUAUCAGCGUGGCCAAAACUCAAAUUGACAGGUUGAUAAAGAAUCUGGAUUUGUACAUUCUCCGUUUUUCUAAGUUCGGUCGAGAGUUUCCGAAAACACAAAAUAUGAGCCCUGACUCGUUUAUCCAAUUAGCGCUGCAGCUGACUUAUUACAAGGUUCACGGGCGUUUAGUGUCCACCUACGAAAGUGCGUCCACCAGACGUUUCCGGUUGGGGAGAGUAGAUAACAUCCGGGCAUGUUCACCUCCGGCAUUGGAAUGGGUAAAGGCAAUGACUGGAGAAAUAGAGGCCACGGAUGAGGAGAAAAUGAAGUUGUUGCGAAAAGCCAUGGCCUGGCAGACAGACAUUAUGGUUCAGACAAUUCUCGGACACGGCAUUGAUUGUCAUUUGAUGGGACUGAGAGAGAUCGCCAAUGAGCUCAACUUUCCCGUACCGGAAAUAUUCACAGACCAAUCUUACAUCAGCUCUAAUCAGUUUACCUUAUCCACCAGCCAAGUACCCACGACGAUGGACGAUGCGUUCAUGUGCUACGGCCCGGUUGUCCCUCACGGUUACGGAGUCUGCUACAAUCCUCACCCCAACAACAUCCUCGUGUGCGUCUCCUCAUUUCAUAGCUCUUCAGAGAGUGGCUCCGAAUUCUUCGCAUUGACUUUGGAAAGCAGUUUUCUGCAAAUGUACGAGUUGUGUAUGAAGCUCAGUGCUGGCAAUGCCGAUAACUAUGCAAAGCAGCGCGUGAAUGGUGUUUCCAGCAGUUCUUUAGCGUCCACUGACGCUACCAGUUGUCCACCAGUUAACGGGAUCAAUGGGAAACCUAACUGCCCGAAAAAUGACUUGGACUCAUCAAACGUGUGUAGUAACGGGGGUGUGGCUGGAGACAGUCCACGCCGGAACAAGCUGAUGAGACAGAAGGACCGGAAUUCUCUAGACCGGAAGUAG